CCCGCCAUCCCCUCCUCCCGUCACCGACCUUGCUUCCACUUUCCACUCCCUCCUCUUUUGGACCAUUCGACUUCUCCUCGGGGGUCAGAGCCUCAGUUUCAUCUCUUCCGGUCAAGCAGUAUCGUUUUCGGUCCUUCCUCAAAAUGUCCGACGAGCAUGAGUUUAACAUUGAAGGCGCCGGCGAUGCUGGUGCCUCCGACACCUUCCCCAUGCAGUGCUCUGCCCUGCGGAAGAACGGCCACGUCGUGAUCAAGGGCCGCCCUUGCAAGAUUGUGGACAUGUCGACCUCCAAGACCGGCAAGCACGGUCACGCCAAGGUUCAUAUUGUCGCUCUCGACAUCUUCACCGGCAAGAAGCUCGAGGAUCUCUCCCCCUCGACCCACAACAUGGACGUCCCGGUCGUCAAGCGCAGCGAAUGGCAGCUGAUCGAUAUUUCGGACGAUGGUUUCCUCACUCUUAUGGACAAGGACAACAAUCAGAAGGAGGAUGUCAAGCUUCCCGAGGGCGAUCUCGGUGCAAGGAUCAAGGAAAAUUGGGAUGCGCAGAAGGAUCUCCUUGUCACUCUCUUGGCCGCCAUGGGCGAGGAGGCUGUUGUUGACUUCAAGGAGGACAACAAAUAAGCGGGUGCAUCCCGUCUGAAAGAAAGCUGAGGAAGGGGAUUACGAGAGACGGGGUGGCCUUGGCUUCCUGCUUGGCGAUCACGAUACGGCGUCGGCUAUCGGCAAGUUUGCUUAGCCGGGCUGAGAUAUAUCGGUUGGUGUUUCUUGGGCUGUUCCAGGGAUUUUGGUAUCACCUGGCUUCCCUACUUUGCCCGGCAAGGCUCAUCUGAGCACCUGGUGCCAGGUACAGGACGACAGUCUUAAACACUGUUGCGCAUGAAACUGAACGUCCCCUUCCUUUGCUUGCAUUACCAUUUUCGUGCCAGACCCGUUCCUGUGAAUUUUAUAACAGAUUGUGAGCCAUAAGGAUGCCUGAUAGGACAAGACAUCCCGUUUG